CGCCGCCGAGCCGCCGCCGCGGCGCGCAGAGCGGGCGCGCUGCCCUCCUCCUCCUCUUCCUUCUCCCUCCUCCUCCUCCUCCUUCUCCUCCUCCUCUUCCUCCUCCUCCUCCUCCUCCUCCUCGCUAGAUGCUGCGGCGGCCGCCCGGGAGCAGCCCCGCUCCGCGCACGGCCGCCGACCGCGGGCAGCAGCGGAGCGGCGCGGAGAUGGUACCGCUGGUGCGGAGCGCCGGGGGCUCCCACCAGUGGCCGGCGAUCGUGGUCCUCGGCCUGUGCUGUCUCCUGCCUCCCGGGCGCCUCGCUGCUCCCGGUGGGGACUUCCCCGGGGCGACCGUGGACAAUCUGGUGGUCAGGAAGGGGGACACAGCGGUGCUUAGGUGUUACUUGGAGGAUGGAGCUUCCAAAGGUGCCUGGCUGAACCGGUCGAGUAUUAUUUUUGCUGGAAGUGACAAGUGGUCAGUAGAUCCUCGGGUUUCAAUCGCCACAGCAAACAGAAGAGAAUACAGCCUGCAGAUACAGGAUGUCGAUGUGACAGAUGACGGGCCCUACACUUGCUCUGUGCAAACUCAGCACACUCCUAAAACGAAGCAGGUGCACUUAACUGUACAUGGUAUGUGCUUAAACCAACUGAAAAGCCUUACUGGGGAUGCACUAGAGAAAAUCAGUUUAUAG